GAGAAGAGGAUCCGAGAGGCGAGGAAUAAAAUUUGUUCUCGAAAAUACCCAAAAACAGAAUCAUUCAAUAUAUAUAUAUAAUAUAUUAAUAGAAGAUUAUGGAUAAAAUAAAAUUUUGAAAAUAAAAAAGUUUAUUCAAAGAAAGGCAGCAAAAAGGAAGGGAAACAAUGCCCAUCGACAUAACCACAGGGACAAAAGCGACGUUACCAGAGGUCCCUUUUCUUCUUUAACGAAUUUUUGGGAGAAAAAAAAAAAAAAAACCACAAUGGCACCUAGCGGAAAUUCAGAGAACAGUCUUUGAUUUCUUUCUCUCCUCUCCGUAAACCCUAGGUUUUAUGUUUUUGUUUUCUCUUUCUCCUUCAUUUUGCGGCCAUGGAAGUCUCUGAUCGGUCUUCGAGACUGAUUUUUUGAGGCGUUGUAGAGUCUUAAUUCUUUUGCCGUUUUUUUUUUUUUUUUGAGUUUUUUUGGUUUGUGAUUUGGUUGUAAAAAAUGGAGGCUUUGAUCGAGCUCUGCGAUCUGAUAGCGCAGAAUCCGGUGCAAUUUUCCGAGAAGCUGUCGUGGAUUUGCGGUCGUUGUCCGCCUCCUGAGUCACUUCUCGAGGGAUCUCCGAGAGUUUCGAGGUCUCAGCUCAAUGCCGUGCUCGCCAUCGCUCGGUUCCUCUCCAAGUGCCAAGAUUCCGCCGAUCUCCGACCUAAAUCAGUGGUCCUCGAGUUCCUUCGCUUCAUUCCCGCAUCGUUUAACCAGUCAUUUUGGCCGCAGUCCUUCGGGAACGAUGCGAUCGCUUCGUUCUUCGCUGAUUUCUUGGGAUACGUGUCGAAAGCCGCCGAAUUGUCACCUGAUUUCGCCACCGAGAUUGCCGGGGUCACCGGCGACGUGGUGGUUUCAGCUAUUAGCAAUGCCAGCGCAGAUUUGGGGAUUUCUAGGGUUUUUCUCACGGCUCUGUCUCAGAGUUUCCCUCCAAUUUCGGCUUCUGAUGCGGAGAGACUGGUUAAUCUUCUUCUUGAUCAGCUUGCAGCCUCCGGAACUAUUGUUGCUCAAUCACCAGCGACGCCUAGGGAACAAAUUACUGCAAAUUCCGAGACGUCAUCGUCGCAGAGCUCACCUUUGAGCCUGAACCAUUCCCAACCCCACGGUGGAAGUUCGAGCCCUGGGAAUGAGGCCAGCAAUGUGUCCGGUUCUUCGGGAAGUGCGGCUUCGCGGAUUGCAGAUGAUGCCACCAGUGCGUCAUCGCGUGGGUCCAUGAUGAUGAAUGGGGGGAGCAUUUUGUGGAAGAGUGGUGUUGAUCAAUUGGGUGUGAAUUUUGGGUACAAUGAUGGAGGUGGAGCUAUGCUACUCAGGCAGCAAGUUUCUUCAUUUGAGGAAGAGUCUGUGGAAAGUUUAGAGAAGCAAGAGAUUGCUUUCAAAUUGAUUGCUCACAUUUUGGAGAAAUGCUGCAUUGACAUGGGGCUUUUGGAGCAGGUUAGGUUCAUAGCCAAGAGGCAGCUACAGUCCCUGACAGUUUUUCUAAAGAUAAGGAAACGGGAUUGGAAUGAACAUGGGACACUUUUGAAAGCUAGAAUCAAUACGAAACUGUUAGUAUAUAAAGCUGCUGCCAAGUUGACUCUUAAGACUCUUGAUUGCUUCCAUUCUGAUGGGAAAUUGGCUAAAAAGUUGGCACAUGAAACUCUAGCAUUAUUCAUGGAUGCUGCUGAGUCAUGUUUACUCUCCGUUUGGCGGAAGUUGCGAAUUUGUGAAGAGCUCUUCGGUUCUUUGCUUGCUGGGCUUUCACAAAUUGCAGUCCAUCGAGGAGGGCAAUCACUGCGAAUUUUGCUCAUCCGCCUAAAACCAGUCAUUUUAACUGUAUGCACUCAGGCUGAUACUUGGGCCACCAGCCAGGGAGCAAUGUUUGAGAGUGUCAUGAAAACAACUUGUCAGAUAAUUGAAUCUUGCUGGGCUAAGGAGCGAGCUCCUGUGGACACAUUCAUUAUGGGAUUAGCUACAAGCAUCCGUGAACGAAAUGAUUACGAGGAACAGGUUGAUAAAGACAAAGAGACUAUCCCGGUCAUGCAGCUUAAUGUUAUUCGCUUGCUAGCAGAUCUGAAUGUUGCUGUUAACAAGUCUGAAGUGGUGGACAUGAUAUUACCUCUGUUUAUUGAGAGCUUGGAGGAGGGUGAUGCUUCAACUCCUAGUUUAUUGCGACUUCGACUCCUUGAUGCUGUAUCUCGCAUGGCAAGUUUGGGUUUUGAGAAGUCCUAUCGUGAGACAGUUGUUUUGAUGACAAGAAGUUACUUAAAUAAACUUUCAAGUGUAGGAUCUGCUGAAAGCAAAACAGUGGCAGCUGAAGCCACAACAGAACGUGUUGAGACUCUUCCUUCAGGAUUUCAUUUGAUUGCCAGUGGUCUUACAAAUACUAAGCUGCGUGCAGACUAUCGUCACCGUUUGUUAUCUUUGUGUUCAGAUGUAGGUCUGGCUGCUGAGUCCAAAAGUGGAAGGAGUGGAGCAGAUUUUCUUGGACCUCUUCUUCCUGCUGUUGCUGAAAUAUGUUCCGAUUUUGAUCCUUCUGUAGAUGUGGAACCUUCGCUUCUCAAAUUAUUUCGCAACUUAUGGUUCUAUAUUGCUCUCUUUGGUUUAGCACCUCCAAUUCAAAAAAUUCAACAUCCGACCAAGCCUGUAUCCACUACAUUAAACAGUGUGGGUAGCAUGGGCACAAUUGCUCUCCAAGCUGUUGGUGGACCAUACAUGUGGAAUACACAAUGGUCUUCUGCUGUGCAGCAAAUUGCUCAAGGGACUCCUUCACUUGUUGUUAGUUCAGUGAAAUGGCUUGAAGAUGAGUUGGAACUCAAUGCUCUUCACAACCCUGGUAGCCGUCGAGGAAGUGGCAAUGAGAAAGCUGCUGUAAGCCAAAGGGCUGCCCUCUCAGCUGCUCUAGGAGGGCGAGUUGAUGUUGGAUCAAUGAAUACAAUUUCAGGUGUCAAAGCUACAUAUCUUCUUGCGGUAGCAUUUUUGGAGAUUAUACGUUUCAGUAGUAAUGGUGGUGUUAUUAAUGGUGGCACUAGUUUAAACGCUUCUAGAAGUGCAUUCAGUUGUGUGUUUGAAUACCUAAAAUCACCGAAUCUUAUGCCAGCUGUCUUCCAAUGUUUAAUGGCAAUUGUCCACAGAGCUUUUGAAACAGCAGUGUUGUGGUUGGAAGAUCGGAUUUCAGAAACUGGCAUGAAAGCUGAGUACAGAGAGUCAACUCUGUCUGCCCAUGCUUGUUUUCUGAUCAAAAGUAUGUCCCAGAGGGAGGAACAUAUUCGUGAUGUUGCUGUUAACUUGUUGGCCCAACUUAGAGAUAAAUUUCCACAGGUUUUGUGGAAUUCAUCUUGUUUUGAUUCCCUGCUAUUCUCAAUGCAUAAUGACUCACCUUCUGUUGUUGUCAACGAUCCUAGCUGGAUGGUGACAGUGCGUUCUUUGUACCAAAAAAUUGUUCGAGAAUGGAUUAUUAAAUCACUUUCACACGCACCUUGUACUACCCAGGGUCUUCUACAGGAUAAGCUUUGUAAAGCGAACACAUGGCAAAGAGCACAGCCAACAACGGAUGUGAUUUCUCUUUUAUCUGAGAUACGAAUUGGCACAAUGAAAAAUGAGUGCUGGACAGGUAUACAAACAGCAAAUAUCCCAGCAGUCAUGGCUGCUGCUGCAGCAGCAUCUGGAGCUAACUUUAAACUGACAGAAGCCUUCAAUUUGGAGGUGCUCAGUACUGGCAUAGUCAGUGCGACAGUGAAGUGCAACCAUGCUGGAGAAAUUGCUGGCAUGAGAAGGUUAUAUAACAGCAUUGGUGGGUUUCAAUCUGGCACCACAACGGGUGGUUUUGGGAUUGGUAUUGGCCUGCAGAGGUUGAUCUCUGGAGCAUUUCCUCAACAACCACUAGCUGAGGAUGAUUCAUUUAACGGCAUGUUACUUGCCAAGUUUGUACGGAUGCUUCAGCAAUUUGUUAAUAUUUCAGAAAAAGGUGGGGAUGUGGACAAGCUGCAUUUUCGUGAAACCUGUUCUCAGGCAACUGCUUUACUUCUGUCAAAUCUGGGCUCUGAUUCAAAAUCAAACAUAGAGGGCUUCUCACAACUUCUCCGUCUUCUGUGUUGGUGUCCAGCUUACAUUUCUACACCAGACGCAAUGGAAACUGGUGUUUUCAUCUGGACUUGGUUAGUUUCUGCUGCGCCUGAGCUGGGAUCUCUUGUUCUUGCGGAACUUGUUGAUGCCUGGCUAUGGACAAUUGAUACUAAACGUGGUCUUUUUGCAUCUGAUGUGAAGUAUUCUGGACCUGCUGCAAAAUUAAGGCCUCAUCUUUCACCUGGAGAGCCAGAAGGGCAGCCUGAAAUUGAUCCUGUUGAACAAAUAGUUGCUCAUAGAAUAUGGCUUGGAUUUUUUAUUGACCGUUUCGAGGUAGUUCGUCAUAAUAGUGUUGAGCAACUCUUGCUUCUUGGUAGAAUGUUACAAGGGACAACAAAGCUCCCUUGGAAUUUUUCUCGCCAUCCUGCAGCUGCUGGUACAUUUUUCACUGUUAUGCUUCUUGGGCUCAAGUUCUGCUCAUGCCAAUCCCAGGGCAAUCUGCACAAUUUUAAAACAGGGCUUCAGCUUCUGGAAGACCGUAUUUAUCGGGCUUCUUUGGGCUGGUUUGCAUAUGAGGCUGAAUGGUAUGACAUAAAUAAUAUAAAUUUUUCCCAGAGUGAGGCUCAAUCUGUCUCUGUGUUUGUUCACUACCUUUCAAAUGAGAGAGUAGAUGGAGGCCAAUCUGAUUCAAAAGUACGAGGCCGUGAAAAUGGGAGUACUCUGGUUGAUGCGAACCAUCAAUAUCAUCCUGUCUGGGGUCAGAUGGAGAACUACGCUGUGGGAAGGGAAAAGAGGAAGCAGUUACUUCUGAUGCUAUGUCAGCAUGAGGCUGAUAGGCUUGAAGUUUGGGCUCAACCUACUAAUUCAAAGGAUAGUACAUCUUCCCGGUCAAAAAUUAGCUCGGAGAAAUGGAUUGAAUAUGCUAGGACUGCCUUUUCUGUGGAUCCUCGGAUUGCUUUGUCCUUGGCCUCAAGGUUCCCAACCAAUAUGUUUCUGAAGGCUGAAGUAACCCAUUUGGUUCAGUCAAAUAUAUUGGAUAUCCGUGGCAUUCCUGAAGCAUUGCCGUAUUUUGUUACCCCAAAGGCAGUGGAUGAGAAUUCAGCACUUUUGCAACAAUUGCCGCACUGGGCUGCUUGUUCUAUCACGCAAGCUCUUGAAUUCCUUACUCCUGCUUAUAAGGGGCAUCCACGUGUCAUGGCAUAUGUUCUUAGGGUUUUGGAGUCUUACCCUCCUGAAAAAGUUACUUUCUUCAUGCCACAGUUAGUUCAGUCUCUGCGAUAUGAUGAUGCGAGGUUAGUGGAAGGAUAUUUGCUUAGAGCAGCUCAAAGAAGUGAUUUAUUUGCCCAUAUUUUAAUCUGGCAUUUACAGGGGGAGACGUGUGUACCAGAAUCAGGGAAAGAAGCUAUCUCUGGGAAGAAUACAUCUUUUUAUGAACUUUUGCCACUGGUUAGGGACCGCAUUAUUGAUGGUUUCUCUCCGAAGGCACUUGAGUUGUUUAAAAGAGAAUUCGAUUUCUUUGACAAGGUCACAUCUAUUUCUGGUGUACUUUUUCCUCUUCCCAAGGACGAAAGGCGAGCUGGUAUCCGGAGGGAGUUAGAGAAAAUUGAAGUGGAUGGAGAAGACCUGUAUCUGCCAACUGCUCCUUCUAAGCUUGUUAGGGGAAUUCAGGUGGACAGCGGAAUUCCCUUGCAGUCUGCAGCAAAAGUUCCUAUCAUGAUUACGUUUAAUGUGGUUGAUCGGUAUGGGGACCCCAAUGAUGUGAAGCCACAGGCUUGCAUUUUCAAGGUUGGAGAUGAUUGUCGUCAAGAUGUUCUUGCACUUCAAGUGAUUGCUCUUCUUAGUGACAUAUUCAAAGCAGUUGGAAUUAAUCUUUAUUUGUAUCCCUAUGGUGUACUCCCGACUGGCCCAGAAAGAGGCAUAAUCGAGGUUGUGCCUAAUACACGGAGCAGAAGCCAGAUGGGUGAAACAACUGAUGGUGGCCUGUAUGAGAUUUUUCAGCAGGACCAUGGGCCUGUCGGCACUCCUAGUUUUGAAGCUGCACGCGAGAAUUUCAUCAUAAGUAGUGCUGGUUAUGCAGUCGCCAGCCUUCUACUUCAACCAAAGGACCGGCACAAUGGGAAUCUUUUAUUUGACAAUGUGGGGAGACUUGUCCAUAUAGAUUUUGGUUUCAUCUUGGAAACUUCCCCAGGUGGAAACAUGCGGUUUGAAAGUGCACACUUUAAGCUCAGCCAUGAAAUGACACAACUAUUAGACCCUUCAGGAGUUAUGAAGAGUGAUACCUGGCACCAAUUUGUGAGCUUGUGCGUGAAGGGAUACCUUGCGGCACGAAGAUAUAUGGAUGGAAUCAUCAACACGGUGUUGUUAAUGCUUGAUAGUGGACUUCCUUGCUUCAGCAGAGGCGAUCCCAUUGGAAAUCUUCGCAAGAGAUUCCAUCCUGAAAUGAGCGAGCGUGAGGCAGCCAAUUUCAUGAUUCAUGUUUGCACAGAUGCUUACAACAAGUGGACUACCGCUGGGUAUGACUUGAUACAGUAUCUGCAGCAGGGCAUUGAGAAGUAGAAAAAGACGUUUUUGGAGCUCGACUUCAUUUUGUACAUGGUUGUGUGUAAGUUGUAGGUUUCUUUUUUUUUUUUUUUUUUUUUUUUUAAUUUUAUAUUUAUAUAUAUUUUUAUAAUAUUGUCUUAUGGCUGCGAUUUUUCCGAGGGAUUUCCACUUUACUAGAGAGGAUUGUAUAAACGGGAUAGAACUUAAUUUGAGUUCUUUUGUAUUCGGUAGUGGGAUUCCUCUUGAGGUUUGUAAAAAAACAGUCCGUGAUUAUUAUUUAUAAAUGGAAUCCAACAAUUAUUUUGUUGGUCGGCCCAACUGGAACAAA